AUGGCGUCGAAGCGGCCGCAGCGUCGGCCGGUCAACAUCGACGACGACGCAGCCAUAGACUUUUCUGCCGUGGCGAAGGCGGCCCCGACGAGGCCGGUGGCCCCUCCCGCGUUGCUGCAGUCCACCGUGGCGGAGGCAGCGCAGAGGCAGCAGGGCGCCCCCGCCCCACUGCAGGCGGUGGACCCAAGACUCAGCUCCCACAUACAUCGAGCCGGUCCACGCCGUCGCGUUGGCUUCGGUGGACCUCCUGCAACCUCGCCGGCGUUUGACUCCACAGUCCCGCCUGGCGCUGCAGGCAAUAGCACUAGCGGCGGAGAUGACGUGAAGGGAAACAAGGAGCUGCUGGAUGCCUUCUGGCGCGAGGAUGCGGUGCGGCAGGAGCAGGAGUCCCACCAGGCACGACGUGAGCGGUACGAAAAGGAGAUACGCGCUCUUUGGUGCGGUGGGUCCGCCGCUGCGGAGGCGGCGCCUGAGGCGGGGCGCACUGGCGCCGCGCCACACCAAACAUAUUCCCUUCUGGACCAGUUUUUUGCGGAUGGGGUUCCGGACGUGGAGCCGUGGGACCUCUGGGCGCUCUCCAUGCCGCGCUACGGUUUGGCAAACGUGGCUGCGGGCCAGCUGGACCGCGUGCACCACCCUCUGCUGCCCGAGACGCACUACUCGCAGCACUACCGCCACCGCGUGGAGGAGCCGCCGGCCGCGGUGACGCUGGCGAAGACCCGAGAGGAACUGCGUGCGGAGCGCCGGGAGCGGCUGCGCAAGGCGAAGGAGGAGCGAGACCGCGCCAGGAAGGCCGCUCUCCAACAGCAGCCACACGAGGCCGACGUCGCCGGCGGUGGGCUCACGGCAGCCUCGCUCGGCUCCACCGCGAGGGAUCGCCUCAGCAACAGCAACCUGCGCUUUAAUCUCUUCGGCGACAGCGUGAUGAAUCCACUGAGCACGGAGAACAAAAUCUUUUCGCAGUACCAGGAACGCUUCCUUGAGCACCAGCGACGCAAUCACGAACGUCACGUGGCUGCCAUCCCGCAGCAGAUUGAAAAACGCAACCGCGACCUCAAACGACACGCUGAGGAGCAGCCCUUUUUUAGGGCCUACCGCAUUUUUCCUAUUUUUACCCCGGCCCAUCUGGGGAAGCUGCGCAACUUCGCAAACGAUGGCCUGCUGCGCGGCUUCGUUCUGUGGGUGUGCCAGUGUGACGCACUUGUUGUGUUGACGGGCGGCGAGGUCGCGAUGCGGCACCUGGAGCGUUGGAUUCUACAGAAGAUGCGCUGGGACUCCCCCGAGACGGCCGCCCUGCGGCUGAUGACGUGCCCGCUGCAGGACGCCGCGACGUUUUCAUUUGUCUCCGCGAAGAGUCGAAAACGCGGGCGCCAGCCGGCACGGGCCACGGAGGAGGCGCGGGCGCAGAGGGAGCCGAAGAAGAACGGGGACGACGCUGAGCAUGUCUACAUGAACUUUGCGGAUAGCGUGCAGGAGGGCGAGUCUUUCAUGCGCUCGCUGCCGACAGCGGGGCCGUGGAGGGACCUCUCACACGUCUGGCGAGCUGCACUCGCAUCGGGAGUUGGAAGUGACGCCAAUUGA